GGUCCUUUUUGGUGUAAAUCUGGACUCUAAUUCUGUAAUAUAUCAAGGAAUCUCGUAAAACCGACACUUAAACGUCCCUGCGUACAAAUCAUCCGGCCAGAUUAUGAGUUCAUUGUAUUAUGCGAAUGCUUUAUUUUCUAAAUAUCCAGCCGCAAGUUCGGUUUUCGCUGCCGGAGCCUUUCCCGAACAAACUUCUUGCGCGUUUGCCUCCAACCCCCCGCGCCCGGGGUAUGGGGCGGCGGGCGCCCCCUUCGCCCCCGUGCAGGGUCUGUACCCGGGCGGGGGGGGCCUGGCGGGCCAGGGCGCCGGCGUCUACACGGCCGGCUACGGGCUCGAGCCCAGUUCCUUCAACAUGCACUGCGCGCCCUUUGAGCAGAGCCUCUCCGGGGUGUGUCCCGGGGACUCCGCCAAGGCGCCGGGCGCCAAGGAGCAGAGGGACUCGGACUUGGCCGAGAGUAACUUCCGGAUCUACCCCUGGAUGCGAAGCUCAGGGACAGACCGCAAGCGAGGCCGCCAGACCUACACGCGCUACCAGACGCUGGAGCUGGAGAAGGAGUUUCACUACAACCGCUACCUGACCCGGCGGAGGCGAAUCGAGAUCGCGCACGCCCUGUGCCUGACGGAGAGGCAGAUCAAGAUCUGGUUCCAGAACCGGCGCAUGAAGUGGAAAAAGGAGAACAAAACCGCCAGCCCCAGUGCCACAGGCCGAGACAAGGCCGAGGCGGAGGAGGAAGAGGAGGAGUGAGGGCCUAGAAAUGGGCAGAGGAGGAGAAAGAGGAGAGAGUGCGAAGCCCAGCUUUGGGAACCGAACCAGGAAACUCAA